AUGUCGGCUGCGGAGGCGAGGGGUGUGUUCCACCGAGCCCUAGGUAGGACACUGGACAUGUUUCCCGCAGAAAAGGAAAGGGAAUGGAAAGGCCCGUUCUACUUCAUUCAAGGUGCAGACCCACGGUUUGGCUUGAUGAAGGCCUGGUCCACCGGAGACUGUGACAGAGGUGGUGACGAAUGGGAACAGGAGAUCUGUCUAACUGAGCAAGCUGUCCAGGCCAUCAACAAGCUGAACCCCAAACCCAAAUUGUUUGUUCUGUGUGGCGAUCUCAUUCAUGCCAUGCCAGGUAUCAAAGCUGUGUUCACAGGUUACUACCACAAGAAUGCUGGGGGCGCCUACCAGGACCUCGAGAUGGUGGUGUCAUCUGCCAUCAGAUGCCAGCUAGGCAGAGACACCCAUGGGCUCCGGGUCGUGGUGGUCACCACUGAGAAAAUCAUUCCGUUACUACAGUUUAGAUGA